ACACCUUUGGAGAGUGGAACCGUCUCCGAUUUCAACUCUUACAAGCAACUUCCGAAUCUAGAAAAUCCCAGAACUCUGGGAGCCAUUUCCAGAAGAAGAAGAAGAAAAAUCACUAUGAAGAUCAUGAUGAUGAUGAGAGUGGCGAGGUCCCUCAUCAAUGGCGGUAGUAGUAGUACUAGUAGUAGCAUCCGCAACUUCAACCGCCAUAUUUCCAUGUCGGUCAUUCCAGCAAGGUCUCUGGUCACUGGAAGUAGUUUUAAUCCGGUCGAUGAUUUUUUCUUGGCGAAGAGAAUCGUGACGAUGAUGAAGAUGAGUACGGUUUCAUCUUCUUCGUCGCCGGCGAAAACGACGUCGUUGACGGAGGAGAAGAAUAAGCUUAAAGAGAAGAAGGAUCAAAGCAACGCUAUGGUUUCGAGUUAUUGGGGGGUCCCGAGACAGAGGAUUAUUCGGGAGGAUGGGACCGAGUGGCCAUGGAAUUGCUUCAUGCCAUGGGAGACUUAUGCUGCAGAUUUAUCGAUUGAUUUGAGCAAACAUCAUGUGCCAAAAACGUUUGCCGAUAAGGUCGCUUAUAGGACAGUCAAACUCCUGAGGAUUCCAACGGAUUUGUUCUUCAAGAGACGAUAUGGAUGUCGAGCAAUGAUGUUGGAAACUGUUGCAGCCGUCCCUGGUAUGGUAGGAGGCGUCCUCCUUCACUUGAGGUCACUCCGCAAGUUCGAGCAAAGCGGUGGUUGGAUCAAGGCCUUGCUUGAAGAAGCAGAGAACGAGAGAAUGCAUCUAAUGACAAUGGUGGAAUUAGUUCAACCCAAAUGGUACGAGAGACUACUGGUUCUAGCCGUUCAGGGAGUGUUCUUCAAUGCUUACUUUGUGCUUUAUGUACUAUCACCAAAGCUAGCUCAUAGAGUUGUUGGUUACUUGGAAGAAGAGGCUAUACAUUCUUAUACAGAAUACUUAAAAGAUCUGAAUGAAGGUAGAAUCGAAAAUGUUUCGGCUCCUGCCAUUGCAAUCGACUACUGGAGAUUACCAAAGGAUGCAACCCUUAAAGAUGUCAUUACUGUUAUUCGUGCAGAUGAAGCUCACCACCGUGAUGUCAACCAUUUUGCAUCAGAUAUUCAUUUUCAGGGAAAAGAAUUGAAAGAAUCUCCAGCUCCAGUUGGAUACCAUUGAGGAUUAUAUAUAUAGUCCUAUAUAUAUAUGUAAUAUAUGUGUGUAUUUAUGCAAGUUUGGACUAUUUUACUUGGGACCUGAUGAGGACUUAAAGAGCUUGAAGUUGAACAGCUAGAGAGACCUUUAUCAGAACUUUCGAUUUCAAUGUAUAUCCAUUUUUGGAGGGAUAUAUGGCUAAGUUUUAUCGAUUGCUUAA